AUGGGCAACCCAACCCACUUGACCUAUGGUUCCCUCAUCCCCCCAAGUGAGCACCUCCUUGGCACGCCCUACGCCGUCGCCACUCUUCCCUCCCUCCUUGGCACAACCUACGCGAGUGCAUCAUCGCCCCCCGUCGCCGCGACACACCGUCACUGCCCCCCCCCCCCCCCCCCCCCCUUCUUUUUUUUCCGCCGCCGCGCCUUCUCUGGCGCCACCUGCGCAUCCCGCCGCCACGCCUCGUCGCCGCCUCCUCCUCCCCCUGCAGCGACCCCCCGUCGCCGUCUCCCUCCCGCCGCCGCGCCUACUUCGGCGUCGCCCGCGCAUCCCUCCACCGCGACACCCCGUCGUCGCUUGCCCCUCCCGCUGCCGCGACGUCGCGUCGCCGCCUCCCCCUACCGCCGCCGCGCCUUCCUCGGCACCACCUGCGCAUCCCGCCGUCGCGACGCCCCGUCGUCGCCUCCCGUCCCGCCGCCGCGAUUUCGCGUCGCCGCCUGCGCACCCCAUCACCGCGACCCCCCUGUCGCCGCCUAUGCAUCCCGCCGCCGCGACCCGCUCAUCGCCGCCUGCACGAUCCGCCGCCGCGACUUCGCGUUGCCGCCUACGCAUCGCGCUGCCGCAACCUUCUCGUCGCCGCCUGCACGACCCGCCGCCGCGAAUUCGCUUCGCCGCCUACACGACCCGCUGCCGCGACUUCGCGUCGCCGCCUGCGUAUCUCGCCGCUGCAACCUUCUCGUUGCCGCCUUCACCCCUUCAGCCGAUGCCGCAUUCCUCCACGAUCCCCGCAAAUACCUCAUCCGCAAGGCGGAGCAUGAGGUUGCGGUACAUAACUACGACUUCGCGGUAGCGGAACGCGCCAAUCGCCUGGCGCUCCUUGAUGAAUACAAUAUGGCCAUGGCGGACUACCUCCCUCGGAGCAUCGCGUGGGCCACUGCUGAUAACCGCGCCUGCACCAUCCUCCUCGGCGCACUCCCUGGUACCCUCAUGCGCCAUUUCCAAGCUCGCGAGAUGCGCGCCUCCCUCAUCUGGGCCGAGCUCCAGGCGAUGUUCGAGCGUCGCAACAUCAGCUCUGUCGGCGCCCUGUUUCAGGAGUACUUCUCCACCACCCUCGCCACUUGUGAUGGCGCAGUUGACUACGUGGGGCGCAUGCAGGAGGUCGCUGAUCGCCUUGCGGCACGCCAAGCUGCCCUCCCUGAGCCUCUGCAAAUCCACCGCCUCCUCUACAACCUCACCUUGGACUACGAGUCCCGCCUCCAUGCCUUCACUGAGGCCAACCCCAUGGCCGGCCUCGACGACGUGGUCCAGUGGAUCAUUGACACGGAGGUCAAGAUUUGUACCCCCGUUGUCAACCUUACCACCCCUCAGUCCUCCUCCUCCACCUCCCUCAACGCUACGCAGCCGCGCAACCAGGGUGGUCGCAGCGGCGGCGGCGGAGGCCGUGGUGGUGGCGGUGGUGGUGGAGGCCGUGGUGGUGGCGGUGGUGGUAGUGGUGGCCGUGGUGGCCGUGGUGCCGGUGGAGAUGGUGCUGGCAGCGCCCCUGCUGGAGGACCUUCCGGUUCUGGUGGUGCUGUGACUCGAGGCGGACGCCCUGGCACUCUCCCCCCAUCCACAUAUGUGCGCCGCCAUGGUCCCCAUGCUGGUACCCCUUGCGGCCAGACCAACCAUCCCCCCACCACGUGCUUUAAGGCACUCGACGACGCCUGGUUUGAUCGAGGCAACACUGGCAUCCCUCCUCGCUGGAACUCGAUCGCACCUCGCCCCACCUUAGUGGAUAUUCAAACCCUCCCCUCUUUCCUCCUUGCUCACCCCCGCAUGUGGAGCCACUGA